GCCUGAUCUGCGCCGAAGAUGGCCGGUUAUGACGUCACCACUAAUCUGCGCUGAAAAUGGCUGCUUCGAGGACGGUCUCUGGGAACACCGGGAUGAUUUCGCUUUUUCUUCUGUGUGCGAUCGCAGCAGCGACGAGCGAUGAGCACGUCCCUCUGGUCGCAUGGGCGAGCGAUGGAUUUGCCUUGUCUCCUGUGAAUGCUCCAUCAGCGGGUCACACUAUGUCUGUGGAGGAGUUGGAGUCACACCUGAACACAGCGCUGAGCACCACGCCGCAUAAUCUGCUGCUCUUCCUGCAGGAUAAAUUGAGUGUUGAUGACUUCACAUUGUAUGGAGGCGUCUUUGGAAACAAGCAGGACAGUGUCUUCCAAAAUCUGGAGGCAGCUGUGCUGUCCUCUUCCUUCUUGUGGUUGCCGUCGGUGUCAUCAUCUGCCACUGCUUUGGUCUCUACACUGCUCCAGAACCAGAUUGAUGCAGCUCCUCUCUACAUGAACCCAGACACUCUUGCUCAACUCCGCCUGAAUGCAUCUGUUGCUGCCUUGCUGGUCUUCCGCCUCCCUUACAGUGGCGGUGCUGAUAUGAUGUCUACUAAAGAAGUGCUCAGUGGAAAUGAUGAGGUGAUUGGUCAGGUGCUGAGCAUCAUGAGAGCUCAGUCUGUGCCAUAUACCGCGAUCUUUACUGCACUUUGGCCCUCAAGGGUGUUAGAAGAGGCGUCCCCAGCUGUGCAUUCUGUCUGGUCACGAUCUCUACUGCAGUCCCGUCGUGAGGAGACUACUGCUCCUAAGCCACCUGUGGAGUUCAAGGAGAAGGGCUCCACCUGCAUUCUCCUGUGGGCGGAGAAGCUGGUGGUUAGCCAGUAUCGCUCAGGAAAGUGGGAGAGGCAUGAUCUUGCCCCCAAAACCUUUGGUGAAGGUGUGGCUCUCGACCUGUCUGGAUCGUCCUGCAAUGAGACUCACUCCCGGUUGGUAUUGAACUAUGAGGAUGUCCUGAAUUACCGCUCUUUUAAGCUCAUUUUUGUAAUGAACCGCCGUCACUACAAGGUUUCUGCACGCCAUUGGUUCACCAUGGAUCUAGUUCAUCUGGAGUAUGAUGGAAAAAAUGCCACAUUCAAUGGCAGCCGUUACAUCUACGCCCCUGCCGAAUACUCAUACCGAUGUGAGUCUGUGAGCAGUUCGCGCUACUCUCAACUGUCUCCACACUCAGACAAGGACAACGCCAACGACUGGCAGAUCUAUUUCGAUGACUUCCAGAUUCAGGGCUUUAAUGUGGCUGGGAAGGAUUUCUCUUAUGCCAGCGACUGUGCUAGUUUCUUCACUCCUGGUAUCUGGAUGGGGCUUGUCACAUCUCUUCUCAUGGUGCUGGUCCUCACUUACGGCCUGCACAUGAUCAUGCAGUUGCGCACCAUGGACCGUUUCGACGACCCCAAGGGCCCUGCUAUCUCUGUUCCCCAGACGGAGUAAAACUUUUCUUUAUCAUCCUCACAAGCACUCUUGUGUUUACUUUGGUUAUUGAUUUAUUUAUUAUUUUCUUGUCAUCAGGGUUAUAAUCAUUCCUUUAAUAAUGUUAAGGAAUGCAUGUCCAGAACUUAAAAGGAAAUAUAUAUAUUUUUUUGUUUUCAGAUCCAGAAUAAUCUUAUUGUAUUUGCAAACUGAGGCACAAUAAUAAAUUGAUGAUAAAAAUUAAAUAUCUAUUACCAGAAGGCUUAAUGUUUUGUGUGCUAUAACUGUAAAUAUGCGAAGAUUUUGUUUUUGCUCUUUUAAAGAUUUAAGUUAUUAUAUUAAAUAUUAAAAUUAAAUAAUAUUUAUUGGUGGUGUGCAUAUAUGUUUGCAUCCAAUUUCUCUGCUGUCUGUUCUUUGGUCUGGUGUGUAUCCAUAGAUGUUGCUGUGUAUUGUUGUGAGAACCGACAUGGUUUUUUUUGACCACAUAAUAUCAAAAUUUUACCACAAACAUUCUCACAUAAUAUUUUCCUAUGUGUACUAUGAAUCAUUUGCUCAAAUAGCUCUCAUAAAUAUUUUUUUUUAUUUAUGUUGUUGGCACAUGGUUUAUAAAAGGUGAUCUGUUGUCAUGUUUUGGAGAAUUAUGCUCGUGAAUGUGUAUAUUGUGCCAGUGUUUAAUAAACUUAAUUGAGACAUAA